AUGAACGCGACCUUCCUGAACCACAGCGGCCUGGAGGCGGCCGGCGGCCUGGGCGGCGGCGGCGGCGGGGCCGCCCUGGGGAACCGCAGCCACGGGCUGGGCACGUGGCUGGGCUGCUGCCCGGGGGGCGCGCCGCUGGCCGCCAGCGACGGGGUCCCCGCGGGGCUGGCGCCCGACGAGCGCAGCCUGUGGGUGUCGCGCGUGGCGCAGAUCGCUGUGCUCUGCGUGCUGUCGCUCACCGUGGUCUUCGGCGUGUUCUUUCUGGGCUGCAACCUGCUCAUCAAGUCGGAGAGCAUGAUCAACUUUCUGGUGCAGGAGCGCCGGCCCUCCAAGGACGUUGGCGCCGCCAUCCUGGGGCUGUACUGAGGCCCCCCGCCCCCGGCCGCCGGCAGACGACGAGGGAGACCCGGACCCUCGUGCCCGGCACGGGCUGUGCCGC